CAAAGUCUCGCAGGUGGAACAAAGAAGUUGGAGAUGAGAUCGAAGCUGCCAGCGCGAAAGUGGUGGAACCGGUUUCGCAGAUCAAAGCCGCUAGCUCGAAAGUGGAACCGGUUUCGACCGAUCAAAGUGGCGAGCUCGCAGUGAUGCACUGGAGCCGCCAGCCUCGCAGAUCAAGGCCGCCAGCGAGUGGAAGGCAUGGUAGCAGCGAAACCAAAGCCACCGGAUGACGUCCCGCACAAGAAGAGCUAGAAGCAAGAGUGGCGAUUUUUCUCGUAGAGAAUGUCAAGUGAGCUUCUUUCCUUCUAGAUAUUCUCUUGCAUUGUUAAUUGUCACUAGAUAGGGCUUUCUAGAGGAGCAUGGGCGAUCUCCCCCAGACACAUGUUUCGGAUCUCGCCAAGCCGCCAUGGCCACAUCCCCCCAUGAGCUCUAGAUCUGGCGGCGAAAUCUACGAGGAGCUGCGCGCUCGCGGGAUACGGCCGGGGAUUCCAGUCGUCUUGGCCGCAUUGAAGUGGUGUGGCAGCGCGCGCGACCUCCAAUCUGUGUGGUGGCAAUGUACGCGAAGUGUGGCUCCAUGGAGGAAGCUCGUCGCGUGUUUGAGAGGAUCCGGGAGCACGAUCUAGUGUCGUGGAACACCAUUAUCCUGGGCUAUGCGGAGAAUGGAGGCUGCGAAGAGGCCUUGGAGCUUUUCUCUCGCAUGGAGGACGUCGAGGGCCUUGCUCCGAAUCGAGUGACUUUCCUGGCAGCGAUCAAAGCCUGCUCUCGCUUUGCUGCGAAAGAAGAAGGGAGAAGAGUUGGAGGAAAGCUUGUCAAGCUCGCAGCGCUAGAGACUGGACGAGAGAUUCACGCUCGAACUGUGAGGAGCGGAUUAAACUCGGACAUAUUCGUGGCCAGCACUCUGGUGGAUAUGUACGCAAAGUGUGGAAGCUUGGUGGACGCCCGGGCCGUGUUUGACAGGAUGGUGAAACGCGACGUGGUUACUUGGAACUCGAUCAUGCUGGGUUAUGCCGAGGGUGGUGACGGGCAGUCGGCUUUGGACGUUUUCUCGAGCAUGAGAAGUGAAGGAGAUGGCUGUGCUCCCGACUCGGUAACUUUCAUCGCUCUUCUCAAGGCCUGCUCGGACUUGGCAGAGAAGGAGAGAGGCGAGAAGAUAAACGGGAAAGCUGUGAAGGUUCAGUGCCUGGAGAAGGUUUUAGCAAUACACUCUCUGGCUGCUCGAGAUGGGUGUGGAAUCGGUUCUUCGGUGGCCAACACGCUGAUCUCUACGUACGCUGGUUGUGGAAGUUUAGUCGAUGCCAGCGGGGUCUUUCACAGGAUGAUCCAGCCAACUUUGGUGUCUUGGAAUGCGAUGAUUCUAGCUUAUGCGGAGAAUGGUGAAGGCGGGCUGGGUUUGGAGUUAUUCGUUGGGAUGCAAAGUGAAGGCUUCAGGCCGAAUCGAGUUACUUUCCUUGCGGCACUGAAAGCGUGCGCGGCUUUUACAGCGGAAAGGCUACAGGGAUUCGGUGGAAAGAUGGUGAAACUUACGUGCUUGGAGCAAGCCAUGGCAAUUCACUCGCAGGCAAUGAAGUGCGGUUGCAAGUUGGAUCACUUCCUCGCGAACAGUUUGAUCUUCGUUUACUCGCAGUGUGGAAGCUUGAUGGAUUCUCAGCGAGUGUUUGACAAGAUGCGGACGCGCGACGUAGCUUCGUGGAGUGCACUGAUUCAAAGCUAUACCGAGAACAAGGAGGGUGAAGUUGCUGUUGAGCUGUUUUGGAGAAUGCAAGAAGAAGGGUGGACUCCAGAUCGCGUGACUUAUCUCGCAGCAGUAAAGGCCUGUUUAAGCGUGGUACCAAAGGUGGAAGGCAAACAGGUGGAAGGGAAAGCUAUCAAGGCUUGCUGUUUUCAGAGAGUGAAAGAGAUACACUCUCGAGCUGCAAAAACUGGACUGGACCAAGACAUUUUCGUGGCGAGCAGCCUGGUGGACGCCUACGCAAAGUGUGGAAACAUUGGGUGUGCUCGUCGAGCUUUUGACGGGAUCAAGGGCCGCAACUUGGUACUGUGGAACACUUUGAUUCUCGGCUAUGCCGAGAACGGGGACGGAGAAUCAGCUCUUGAGCUCUUCGACCGCAUGCAAAUAAGGGACAGGAUUCUACCAGACGCUCGGAGUUACGUUGCGGUUCUCAAGGCCUGUGCUAGUGCUGCAACAAGAAGCGAGGCUCGCAAGCCGGAGUUCUUGCUUAAAGGCAGGGACAUCCACUCCAGAGCCGUGAGCAUGGGGCUUGAGAUGGAGAUGUUCGUCGCGAGCUCCCUGGUGGACAUGUACGUCAAGUGUGGCAGCCUGGAAGAAGCUCGCGAGGUUUUCGACAGGACGAAGCACCGAGACACAGUUUCCUGGACGGCAAUGAUCAUGGGCUAUCAGGAGAACGGCGAGAGCGGCACUGCUCUGGAACUCUACUCGCGAAUGCUGGCGGAAGGCUGCUGUUCUCCAGACUGCGUCACCUUCGUCGCUGUUCUCAAGGCCUGCGGAAGCCUCGCAGCUAUGGCAACCGGCAGAGAAGUUCACGCGCUGAUCCGUAGUGCUCGACUCGACAUGGACCCGAUUGUUGGAAACUCUCUGGUGGAUUUCUACGGCAAAUGCGGCAGCAUGGUGGAAGCCGAGCGAGUGUUUGCCACUCUUGAAGGGAGGAGAGACUCGGUAACUUGGAACGCUCUAAUAGCAGGAUACAGCCAUCAAGGAAACACCGCCAAGGUGUUUGAAUCGUUCGAGAGGAUGCAAGAGGAGCGGUGCAAGCCCGAUGCCGUGACUUUCCUCUCGGUUCUCACAGCUUGCAGCCAUGCCGGACUGGUCGAUCGAGGCAGGGAGCUCUUUGAGACGAUGAAGAAAACAGGCGAUUUAGCUCUUGGGAUCGAGCACUACUCUUGCAUGGUGGAUUUGCUGGGACGAGCAAACCGGAUCGAGGAGGCUGUGGGUGUUUUGAGGAGCAUGCCGGUGGAAACAAACGUGAGGAUUUGGAUGGCGGUGCUGGCGGCGUGUGCGAAGUGGAAGAAUGUGGAGUUUGGAAGGGUAGCGUUUGAGGAGAUUGUGAGGAUGGAGGAGAAGAAAGCUGCGGCUUACGUUCUCAUGGCGAAUAUCUAUUCGGCUGCGGGGAGGUGGGAAGAGCAUGCCCAGCUUGAGCAAAUUAUCUCCAGAGCCGAAUCUUGAAUUACAUCCAUUUGAGUAAAACUUCACAGACUGAUUGUGAUCACUUCUUGAAGUUUUAUCAAACCAGUGAGCAAGCAAAACCAAUGUCAAAAACAAGGAGUAUCCAGUUAACCUUAACUCGUCCAUGUUUUACAAGUUCAACUCUAUCAAAACAUCAAGAUUGAACAAA